AUUCUUGUUUGCUUACACAGAGCCUGUACAGUGGGGAAUUAUCUUGUUAAGAUCUAAUAGUAUACAGUGUGUGUGUGGUGUAAAUAUAUGGCCAUUUAAAAUUCAAAUACAGAAUGUGGAGGUCAUUGUAGGAACCUUCUGUGCCUCAGCAAGUGUGAAUGAAUUAUCAGACUGCUUUCAUUCUUUCCUCACUGUUCACAUUAUUAUUUGCAGCUGGGAGCUAUUCCAUAAGUUACCUUUAUAUUAGCAUUGAAAAUUCCAAGGCUUUAAAACCAAAAUAUUUCUUCUUCUUUUACUCCCAGUUUUAUUUGUAGGCUGUAAAAACACUCUGUGUGUCUGUUGAUCAGAAACUGGUUGAGAUGUUAGAAAUUCAUUAAACCAGGAAAAAAUCCUCAAAAUUAUGAACAUGGUGAAAAAUAAAGAAGUGAGCAUUGAAGGAGCUUUGCAGUUGGCACAGAAAGAGGUGUAUGCUGAAAAGGAUGCACAGGAUUUGCUGAUUGGCUCUCAAUUUAACUUUGUUAUCUACAAAUACAAGCACUAUCGGUGGCAGAAACGGAUUUUGCAGAUUGAUUUCAACUCAAAGACCAUUUUUAACAUUGAAAAAGGAAUUAUUAAGAAGCAGUUCCCUUUCUCACAAGUCAAAGCCUGUGAAGACACUGAAAGGAGACGCUUCAGCAUUGUGUUUCAUGGGCGACAAGAUUAUGAGCUGGAAGCAGUGUCUCUUGAUGAUAAAAGGAAGAUUCAAAAAUCUGUUUGGGGAUCAUGUGACCCAUGCAAGAAGAAAAUAGAUGUAUCCCGGCUCUGUGAUCAGUUCCAGAUCCAGGACAUGGCAGUUUUUUCAGGCAAUGAACCUUCAGUGAAUCAGCACAUCAUAUUAGACCGAAAAGUUGCACAUAACUUCAACUCUGACUUCAAAGACUUCAAAUGUUGUGGGCUGGAAGUCAACAGAAAGAACUUGGUAGCUGAGCCCAGUAUUCUGUCUCCCUCCUCCACUGAGCUCAAGAAUAUUCAUGUAGGUGUCAUAUACAUGCCAACACCAAAAGAUGCAGAAAAGUACCAGGCACUCAAGGGGUCUCCUUCAGAGCUGCAUGUGGUUGAUCAGUUUAUGUUAGAGAUGUGUAAAAUCCCUCACUUAGGCCAGAGGUUGGAUCUCCUACUCACCAUACGUGAGCUCCCUGUGAGCAUGAGAGAUUUAGAGCCUCUAAUAAACCAGAAAAUCCAAGCAAGUAAGCAGCUACAAGCCAGCCAGAAAUUUGUUGCUGUCUUGGAGUACAUUUUAGCCAUUGGGAACCAUUUAAAUGAAAAGGCUGGAAAAGAGAAAGCUAAAGGAUUUCGAUUGUCAUCUUUGACCAAAUUACCUCUGUUGAGGGGUAAGGAGAGGACAUUCACCUUGCUUCAUGCCCUUGUGGAACAGAUCUUCUUACAUGAGCCUGAUCUUGUCAAAUUUUCACAGGAGUUGACAGAAUUUGAAGCUGUUCCUGUUGCUUCCAUGAAGGGCCUCAGUGCUGAAGUUGAUGUUUUAAAAAAAGAAUUGGAGAACGUGAUUCAGUGCAGACGGCUCAUUAAACCCAAGACAAUCAAAGCAACACCCCAGGAGUCACAGUUCUGCAAGGAACUAAAGGAUUUAAUUCAGAAAUAUGAAGGGGAUCUAUCCCAGCUGUCAAAAAGAUGUGAUGAAAUGAAGAAGCUUUAUAGCAACAUACUGGUAAAAUUUGGGGAGCCACAAGACCUAGACUCUCAGGAAUUGUUUGGAUGGAUCUCUUCAUUCAUUAGUGAGUUCAGGAAGAUCCUAGUAAAUGUGGGCAAUUUUUUCACGUUGGAGUCUGUCUUUGUAGCACCAAGAAAAGGAAUUUACAGUUUCAGUUUUCAUGUAAUUAAAGUCUAUCAGAGCCAAACAAUUCAGGUUAAUUUGAUGCUAAAUGGAAAGCCAGUCAUUUCUGCUUUUGCUGGGGACAAGGAUGUCACUCGUGAAGCUGCUACUAAUGGAGUCCUGCUCUAUCUAGACAAGGAGGACAAGGUUUACCUGAAGCUGGAGAAAGGUAAUCUGGUCGGUGGAUGGCAGUAUUCUACAUUUUCUGGCUUUCUGGUCUUUCCUCUGUAAAGUCAAAUUUUCCUGUGACAUUCAUCCAGGUGUGGACUCAUCAUUGCCUCUGUUACACGAAGAGCAUUUUAUCAUCAUGGGAUUGAUGUUUCUUUAUUGUUCUUUCAUGGUUGAAUAUGGAUUCUCUUUAUGGAUUUUGGCUCCAUCAGAACUACUCAGAAGUUUCACAGAAUUUUGUGUUUAAAUAUAUUUGGACUGAGACUAAAGCAGACAAUAAGUAUCUAUACUUAAUGUUACAGUCUAAAGCUGCCUGCAAGAUUUAUUCAGAUUUCAUUUACUGGACUUUCUGGAUUCAUGGGAGAAGUGGAUUUUCUUUAAUUAUGAACAUGACUGGCAACCAGGUCUCUAAUUUAGAAGAGCUUGAGUUCAGACUUCAAUCAAGAGUUAGUGUGUUGCUGCCAAAGAACUGUAUAUUGAUA